AGAUAUUUGGUCUCGGCCCUAUUUUUUCAUAGACGAAGCUCUGAAAUUGAAAACCCAACAUAGGCAGCAUUGUCCGUAAGGCGGUCGCAGCCCCACACAAGCCCCCGACACCUCCUUACUUACCAGCCUAUUAAUCCCAAGUUCCCGAUAGCCUUUUAGGGUUCUCAAUUACUGAAAGAUCCACACCAUGCCUCGCCGGAGACACGACGACGACGACGAUGAUCUGGAGCCCGAGGAAGAUGAUGUUCUCGACGACGACGAAGAUUACGAGGACGAGGACGUCGGAGUCGGUUCAAGUCGCAAGAGGUCGAGAUCUGAGUUUAUAGAUGAUGUUGCCGAGGAGGACGACGACGAGGAUGACGACGACGACGAUGAAGAUUUUGGAGGUAGUCGUCGCGGCAGCCACCGGGCCAAGAGGCGGUCUGGCUCCGAGUUUCUGGACCUUGAAGCUGCGGUCGACAGUGAUGAGGAAGAGGAGGAGGAAGACGGCGAGGAUGAUUUCAUUGUUGAUGCUGGAGCUGAAUUACCCGAUGAAGAUGAUGGUCAGAGGAUGCGUCGUCGCCCCUUGCUACCACAAGAAGACGAGCAAGAAGAUUUUGAGGCUCUAGAGAGAAAGAUUCAGGAAAGAUAUGGUAAGUCAAGUCAUGCAGAAUAUGAUGAGGAGACCACGGAGGUAGAACAGCAAGCUCUUUUGCCAUCUGUUAGGGAUCCUAAGUUGUGGAUGGUGAAAUGUGCGAUUGGUCAUGAGCGAGAGGCAGCUGUUUGCCUAAUGCAGAAAUCCAUCGAUAAAGGACCUGAGGUGCAGAUCAGGUCUGCUAUUGCCCUAGAUCAUCUAAAAAACUAUAUAUAUAUUGAAGCUGACAAAGAAGCUCAUGUGAAGGAGGCAUGCAAAGGUCUACGCAACAUAUAUGCCCAGAAAGUAAUGCUUGUUCCGAUUAGAGAAAUGACUGAUGUACUUUCUGUUGAAAGCAAAGCAGUUGAUCUUUCUAGGAAUACUUGGGUCAGAAUGAAGAUUGGGACAUAUAAAGGAGAUCUGGCAAAAGUAGUUGAUGUGGACAAUGUGCGACAGAGAGUUACUGUGCAACUAAUUCCAAGAAUUGACUUGCAAGCUCUUGCAAAUAAGCUGGAAGGUAGAGAAGUUGUGACAAAGAAGGCCUUUAAACCUCCUCCACGUUUUAUGAAUGUUGAGGAAGCUAGAGAAAUGCAUAUCCGUGUAGAGCGUAGGCGGGAUCCGAUGACUGGUGAUUAUUUCGAGAAUAUAGGUGGUAUGAUGUUCAAGGAUGGUUUCUUGUAUAAAACAGUGUCCAUGAAAUCAAUUAGUGUUCAGAACAUACAGCCCACAUUUGAUGAACUUGAGAAAUUUCGAACACCUGGCGAGACUGAAGAUGGUGAUAUGGCUAGUUUGUCAACUUUGUUUGCAAAUAGAAAGAAAGGUCACUUCAUGAAAGGUGAUGCAGUUAUUAUAGUGAAGGGAGAUCUAAAAAAUUUGAAGGGAUGGGUUGAGAAGGUUGAGGAAGAGAAUGUUCACAUCAGACCAGAAAUGAAGGGUCUUCCAAAAACUCUUGCUGUAAAUGAAAAAGAGCUAUGCAAGUACUUUGAACCAGGGAAUCAUGUGAAGGUUGUCUCUGGCACACAGGAAGGUGCGACUGGUAUGGUUGUUAAGGUUGAGGGCCAUGUGCUCAUCAUUUUGUCCGAUACAACCAAGGAACAUCUUCGUGUGUUUGCUGAUGAUGUUGUGGAGAGCUCAGAGGUAACUUCUGGUGUCACUAGAAUUGGGGACUAUGAGCUUCAUGAUCUCGUGCUGCUGGACAAUCUGAGCUUCGGUGUAAUUAUACGUGUUGAAAGUGAAGCUUUCCAGGUUCUAAAGGGAGUUCCAGAUAGACCUGAAGUGGUGCUUGUGAAGCUAAGAGAGAUAAAAUUCAAGAUUGAUAAGAGGGUAAAUGUCCAAGAUCGAUUUAAGAACACGGUAUCUGUAAAAGAUGUUGUUAGAAUUCUUGACGGACCUUGCAAAGGGAAACAAGGUCCAGUUGAACAUAUAUAUAAAGGAGUUCUGUUCAUUUAUGAUCGACAUCACCUUGAGCAUGCUGGUUUUAUUUGCGCUAAAUCCCACUCUUGUGUUGUCGUAGGAGGAUCACGCAGUAAUGCUGACAGAAGUGGUGAUUCCUUCUCAAGAUUUGCCAAUCUCAGAACACCACCUCGCGUUCCUGAGUCACCAAGGAGAUUCCCUCGAGGAGGUCGUCCAAUGGACUCUGGAGGAAGGCAUAGGGGUGGAAGAGGACAUGAUUCAUUGAUUGGUAGUACAAUAAAAAUUCGCCAGGGACCUUUUAAGGGUUACCGUGGGCGUGUUGUUGAUGUUAAUGGUCAAUCUGUUCGGGUUGAAUUGGAGUCCCAAAUGAAGGUUGUUACAGUUGAUCGGAAUCAGAUUUCUGAUAAUGUGGCUGUUGCAACCCCAUACCGUGAUGCACCUCGAUAUGGUAUGGGAAGUGAAACACCCAUGCAUCCUUCACGAACUCCACUGCAUCCAUAUAUGACUCCUAUGAGGGAUGUUGGAGCUACUCCUAUACAUGAUGGUAUGAGAACACCCAUGCGGGACCGCGCAUGGAAUCCUUAUGCACCAAUGAGUCCUCCAAGGGACAAUUGGGAAGAAGGAAAUCCUGACUCUUGGGUAACCACCAGUCCACAGUAUCAGCCUGGAAGCCCUCCUUCACGAACAUAUGAAGCACCUACUCCAGGUUCAGGCUGGGCUAGCACUCCUGGUGGCAAUUACAGUGAAGCUGGAACACCGAGGGAUAGUACCCCUGCUUAUGCAAAUGUUCCCAGUCCUUACUUGCCUUCAACUCCUGGUGGACAACCUAUGACACCAAAUUCAGUAUCUUACCUACCAGGUACUCCUGGGGGGCAGCCAAUGACGCCUGGAACUGGUGUGGAUGUUAUGUCUCCAAUAGGCGGAGAACAAGAAGGGCCAUGGUUUAUGCCAGACAUAUUGGUCCACAUACGCAGGCCUGGAGAAGAGAACACCCUAGGAGUUAUCCGGGAGGUGCUUCCGGAUGGUACUUAUAGAGUGGGCCUUGGAUCCAGUGGUGGGGGUGAAAUAGUAACUGUCCUGCAUGCUGAAAUUGAUGCUGUGGCACCAAGAAAAUCAGACAAGAUCAAGAUUAUGGGUGGUGCACAUCGUGGUGCCACUGGCAAGCUGAUUGGUGUUGAUGGCACUGAUGGAAUCGUAAAGGUAGAUGAUACCCUUGAUGUUAAGAUAUUGGACAUGGUUCUCUUGGCAAAACUAGUACAACCAUGAUCAACAAUAGUGAAAACACAAUUUUAUAGUGUAUAUUUAUUGCUAACUCUCAAAUUUCAUUGAGGAAUCAUGUUCAUUCACAUAUACAUGGAGGUGUUUGGAUGUUGAUUGAGAUGGAUUUUUAUCCAAAA